AUGUCUUCCAUUGGCCCUCAACUGCCACCACAUCUCACAAAGAGAAAGCGCAUCCCAGACGAUGAAGGCGUAGAAUCACCUCCAAUAAAACAAUCCCGCAACACUGACGAGAUUGACCUGGAAGACGACUCCGAUGAUGAUGGCUUCGGUCCAAGUGCCCCUGAAGCAGCAUUCUCUAAGCUAGAAUCGUUACCAAAUCCCCCCGUGGGACCAGCACUUCCCCCUACCAACCCGACAAACGCCAGCGAGAUCGCUCUCGACGACUCCGAAUCCGAGGAUGGCUACGGCCCGCCCAAUCCCAGCGUCGCACCGACAGCAGAAGCUCCCAAGACCAAGACCUCAACAGGUCCGACCCUUCCACCCAAACAAGCCAUAGGCCCCGCCAUGCCGCCACCAAAUCAUCGCCUGGGCGCCGAAGACGACGGCGGCGACAACUCCUCCUCAGACUCUGACGACGACUACGGCCCCGCCCUCCCAUCCUCGACAACGUCUGCCCAACGAACCCAGGCCGCAGCCGCAGCCGCAGCAGCGCAGGCCUCUGCGGGCCCAGUGGCGCCCCAGCGCGACGAUUGGAUGCUCGCGCCGCCCACGCAGUCAGGUUACCACGAACGCGAUCCGACAAAGCUCAAGAACCGCAAAUUUGCUAGCGGCAAGUCGUCCGCAGCGGCAGCCGGAGGCGGCGGCGGCAUCAGCAGCAUCUGGACUGAGACGCCGGAUCAGAAGCGCAAGCGCCUCGAGGACGCGGUCCUCGGUCGCGGGGAUGCGACCGCGGCGGCGGGCCCACAGCAGCCGCGCCGUACCAAGGAGGAGGAGGAACGCGACAGGCGCAUCAGUGAGAAUAUCGCGACCGCACGUGGUCGGAGCAUGUACGAAGACCAUCAGCAGAACAAGAAAGGAGCCGCCAAGACCAGCAAGGACGAAGAGGAGGAAGAUGACCCCAGCAAGAGAGCGUUUGACAGGGAGAAAGACAUGUCGUUGGGGGGCAAGAUUGGGACGGCGCAGAGAAGGGAGCUGCUCAACCGGGCCAAAGACUUUGGUGGUCGUUUCCAGAAAGGGUCGUAUCUUUGA